AUGAAAAGAAAUCGUUUUCAGAGUAACACAAAGAAGUUGCAACAAAGCGAUUCGUCGAUGCAAUCGCAACGUUACAUCGCAUUCUUAACAAUCACUUUCCUGCUCUUCUUCCUCAUUCCUUUAUGUGCUUCUUCAGCACUCUACUACAGUGUCGCUGAGCACAUCAAAAAGAAGCAACAAGUGAAAAGUUUUUCGUUGAAUCUCUACUCGCAUAUGAUUUCGAACAAUACCACCAGCAAUUAUGCUAGUAUGAGCAACGGCAAUAACGCACAUGAUGGAAAUAUCACCAAUAAUGCUGAUAAGAAUGAUCACAAACAGAAAUCAACGAUAGCUCCAUGGACUCCAGCGACGCAUCACAUUUCGAAGUCCAUUUCAGGACUAGAUGUGUCCAUCAAGAGAAAUAAUAUUGAAAGUAAAUACGUUUUACAGGUAUGUCUGAGUUGUCUGCUAGUGACGGCUGUUCCAUAUUUACCAUAUGCGUUGAUCUGUUUGAAUCCAUUUGAUGCGGAUACGACCAGGAUUAAUUUGAUAGCAAUACCGCUGUUAAGUGCUCGAUUCAGUGCUUUGCUAGCACCGUUCACGUUCAUUUGGUAA